AGUAGAAGCAACCUCGAUUCGCCUCUCUCUCUCUCUCUCUCUCUAAAAUUGUUCAACAAAAUUCAUCUUUUGGCGCCAGAUUCCAAUUUCAACGGUCACGAUUUCAAUCCAGCUACUGUGUGAGAGAGAACGAGUGCAUCAAUGGCGGAUUCAACCAACGGUUCCAGUUUCUGGACUCAGGCUAACGCCUUGUUCCGAAAGAAUUUGACAUUUCAGCGGAAGAAUUUCAGGACGAAUUUGAGGCUCAUAUUGUUCCCAAUCGUUCUCUGUUUGUUACUUGUGUUACUGCAAGCGGUUAUUAAUAAUGAAUUAGAUAAACCUGGUAAUAAAUGUGGUUGCACUUGUAUUGAUCAAGAUGGUGAUGGUCAAUGUGAGAGAGUGUGUGGGAUUCAGUACUCAGAUUUGGAUCAAGUGGCUACUUGUUCUAUUCCUAAUCCACCCGAAUGGCCUCCGAUGUUGCAAUUACCCGAUCCGCGCUUUCGUGCAGUGAGAACUGAUUUUGGUUCAUUUGGUGAUUUGCCUAGUGAGUCAUGUAGAGCUACGAAUUCGUGUCCGGUUACUGUGUUGAUGACUGGGAAUAAUCAGUCUCUUGGAGAAAGUUUGGGUAGAAAUAUGUUCCCAAGUUCAUCCGAUUUUAACUCAUCUAAUGGCCUGGCUGGUGUUGUAUUGGGGUCAGCUUCACAGACUGAUAGAUCAAACUUUCUCGACUCGGCUUUCAUCGAUAGUCUUCCUAUAUACUAUGUUCAAUCUCGGUGUGGGGUUAACUCUACAUUCUCUAUCUCGGUCCCGGUAGCAUCUUUGGAAUUGGAUAAAGAAAUCAGAUGUGUUCAAGGUCAACAGUUAUGGCGCAACAGCUCCUCUGAUAUUAACAAUGAGCUAUAUGCGGGAUACAGAAAGGGAAACCCUGAGGAGAAAAUCAAUGAGAUAUUAGCAGGGUAUGAUUUUUUGAAUUCGAAUAUCAAUAAUUAUAAUGUGACAGUAUGGUACAACUCUACCUACAAAAAUGAUACAGGAAAUGGUCCUCUUGGAAUCGUCCGGGUUCCUCGCUCAAUAAAUUUGGUGUCAAAUGCUUUCCUACAGUUACUGGUUGGCCCUUCUACACAAAUGCUGUUUGAUUUUGUAAAAGAGAUGCCCAAACCAGAAACUGAAAUUAGGCUUGAUUUCUCUUCUCUCCUUGGACCGUUAUUCUUUACAUGGGUCAUCUUGCAACUAUUCCCUAUUGUACUAACCGGUCUGGUGUACGAGAAGCAACAAAACUUAAGGAUCAUGAUGAAAAUGCAUGGGCUUGGGGACGGUCCUUAUUGGAUGAUUUCUUAUGCAUACUUUCUUGCCAUAUCUUUGGUGUAUAUGUUCUGUUUUGUGGUAUUUGGCUCAGCCGUAGGGUUGAAAUUCUUCACAUUGAAUGACUACAGCAUCCAGUUUGUAUUUUAUUUCAUCUAUAUAAACUUACAGAUUUCUUUGGCGUUUCUAGCGGCUGCGCUUUUUUCUAAUGUAAAGACAGCUUCAGUUGUGGGGUACAUUACUGUCUUUGCUACUGGUCUCUUGGGAGGUUUCUUCUUUCAGUUCUUCCUGCAAGAUAAAUCAUUUUCAAGAGUUUGGAUAGUUGUGAUGGAGUUGUAUCCAGGAUUUUCUCUGUAUGGUGGAUUAUACGAAUUUUCACAGUAUGCUUUUACUGGAAAUUAUAUGGGGACCGACGGAAUGCGUUGGGGAGAUUUAAGUGACAGCAAUAAUGAGAUGCGUCAUGUGUUAAUAAUCAUGCUUGUGGAAUGGUUGGUGGUUUUCUUUGUUUCAUAUUACAUUGAUCAGGCUGUAUCAUCAGGAAGCGGGCCCCGAAAAAGUCCACUUUUCUUCUUAGAGCAGUUCAAAAAGAAGAAUUCAACAUCAUUUAGGAAACCCAGUUUACAAAGGCAGGGUUCAAAAGUAUAUGUUCAACUGGAGAAACCUGAUGUUGCACAAGAGAGAGAGAGGGUGGAGCAGUCGCUUGUUGAACAAGACACGAGCCAUGCAAUCGUUUGUGAUAACCUGAAAAAGGUGUAUCCAGGAAGGGAUGGAAACCCUGAGAAAUUUGCAGUUAGAGGGUUGUCACUUGCAUUAUCUCAAGGAGAAUGCUUUGGUAUGCUCGGUCCUAACGGUGCCGGCAAAACUUCCUUCAUUAAUAUGAUGAUUGGGCUCAUUAAACCGAGUGCAGGCACAGCAUACGUUCAGGGUCUGGAUAUAACAACCAACAUGGAUCAGAUUUAUGCCAACAUGGGUGUAUGUCCUCAGCAUGACUUGCUAUGGGAAACCCUAACUGGUAGGGAGCAUCUUCUUUUUUACGGACGACUCAAGAACCUCAAAGGUUCCACCUUGACGCAAGCAGUGGAAGAAUCUCUUAAAAGUGUAAAUCUCUUCAACGGCGGGGUUGCUGAUAAGCAAGCUGGGAAGUACAGUGGUGGCAUGAAAAGGAGGCUUAGUGUUGCCAUUUCAUUGAUUGGGGAUCCCAAGGUUGUGUACAUGGAUGAGCCAAGUACUGGAUUGGACCCAGCUUCAAGAAACAAUCUAUGGAAUGUUGUCAAACGAGCUAAACAAAAUCGUGCAAUUAUUCUCACUACACAUUCUAUGGAGGAAGCAGAGCAUUUAUGUGACCGGUUAGGAAUUUUUGUGGAUGGAAGCUUGCAAUGUGUUGGAAAUCCGAAAGAGUUGAAGGGUAGAUACGGAGGUUCAUACGUGUUCACAAUGACAACAUCCUUAAAUCACGAGGUGGAUGUAGAAAACCUAGUAAAGGGUCUCUCACCGAACGCGAAUAAAAUAUACCAAAUAUCUGGGACACAGAAAUUCGAGUUGCCAAAACAAGAUGUCAAAGUAGCAGACGUUUUCCGUGCAGUUGAAAACGCUAAAAGCAGGUUCCAAGUUCAGGCAUGGGGGCUUGCAGACACAACUUUAGAAGACGUUUUCAUCAAAGUCGCUCGAGAGGCUCAACCUUUCGAUAUUCUAUCAUGAUAGGAAGUAUACAUUUUGAAGUUUAUAUAGGUUUGAAUUUGCACAAAAUCAGCCACAUGUGGUGUACUUCUAUAGUAAUGUAUCUCAUAAACACACAAGUUUUGUUUUAGACUUUAGUCAUUAUUUAUGUAUAUACUAUGAACUAUGUGUUAUUUGUUAA